CACAAACUAGACCCGCCUCACAUAAUAACACGUGUAGACAAGCCGGAAUGUUGUUUCUGUUUCGCUUCCAAAACACGCGGUUGCUAUAGGGGGGGGGGGGUUGAGUCAGGCAGGACAUUACAUCGCUUCAGUUGCUUCAACAGAGACUGAAUGAAUAGGCUGCUUACGACUCGUUUAAUACGUUUAUGGAUUUGCGGACAUGAGUGAUGUAUUUACGUUGCGAACUUGAGAUGUGUUUACCCUGUAGGUGCGACGAUGAAGCGAACAUGAUCAGUACCGAUGGCCCCUCCACCAAGUGCUAGGAGACCCGGGACGCAGGGAAGAAGAGGAGGGGCAGGCAGCCUCCAGAAAUGCUGCACCCCUUGUUCGUUGUGUUCGUGUGGUGGGUGACGGGCACCACUAUAUCCAGCCUCAACAAAUGGAUAUUCGCCGUGUACAAUUUCAGAUACCCGCUGCUCCUGUCAGCCCUCCACAUGUUGACGGCAAUCUUGGUGGACUACGGACUGAUCAAGUGCAGGGUGAUCCGACACAGAGGCGUCGGGGAGCAGGAUUUAACCACCAGCGCCAAAUGCAAGGUGUUCCUGCUGAGCUUGACCUUCUGUGCCAGUAUCGCGUUUGGCAACGUGGGACUCAAUUAUGUGCAGGUCUCGUUCGCGCAGAUGAUCUACACCACAACGCCGCUGUUCACGCUGGCUAUCUCCACUCUGAUUCUGGGGAAGCACCACCACUUCCUGAAGUACACCGCGAUGAUGCUCAUCUGCCUCGGGGCGGCGUUAAGCAUCAAGGGCGAGGUCCAGUUCGACCAGACCGGCUGCCUGUACGUGUUCGCCGCCACCAUGCUAAGAGGCGUAAAAACCAUUCAACAAAGCAACUUGCUCCAGGAGGAGAAGAUCAACUCUGUCUUCCUGCUGUAUCUGAUGUCCAUCCCCAGCUUCUGCAUCCUGGCCGUAGCCACCCUGGCUCUGGAGAACUGGGCCGCGCUGCAGUCCCCUUUCCAGUAUGACCACCACCUCUGGGGUUUCAUCUUGCUCAGCUGCCUGGGCUCAGUGCUUUACAACCUGACCAGCUGCUGUGUCAUCACCCUGACCUCCGCUGCCGAGCUGCACAUCCUGGGGAACCUGAAUGUGGUGGGGAACCUGCUGCUGUCCCAGCUGAUGUUUGAGCAGGAGCUGACGGCUCUUAGCUGUGCAGGAGCUGUGCUCACCCUCUCAGGCGUGAUCAUCUACCAGAACUCAGAGAUCAUUGAAGCUUACAUCGACACAUGGAGAGCCAGGACACCAACCGGUGGCAGUGGAGAGGACGUGGCUUGUGACUCGAGCAUAUCAGAGACUCCAGAACCUUGUUCAGAAGAAGAAUUAUCUGCAGAAGAGAGGACAGAUAAUCAGGUCCAUGAGAAAUCAGACUGAAGCGACUGAAGGCUGAGUUCCAAAACCUAGUGAGCUGCAGUGCUGCUGUCCAUAGCCAAACACCAGAAUUGUUUUCUUGUAAUGGAGCACAAAAUGAAACAACCACUUUCAUUAGAUGAAAAAGAGAAGCUUGGACCAGAGUUACUAUAGUUAACUAAAACUGAAACUAGAACCAUAAAAAUGUUAAAUAAAUUAUAAAUGAAGUAAAAUAUCACAAUGUUUUAUUCUCGUAUUAUUUUAGCUAGUUGCAGAGACAACAUUUCUCAUUUUAGUUUAACUUGAUGUACUAAUUAAUUUUUUUAAUAAUUUUUUUUUUUUUAUACAUUUUGUUGCCACCUUGUGGACAAACUAAUUAGUGCAAACUGAUUUAAGACUCACCUGUGAGUUGACUGUACAGAGCAUGUGCCAUUAGAAAAGUCAGUCUGCGCACAUAAAAACCAAAUAAUAAUUUGGGCUUAAAGUUUAGCGAUAGCAUGUUGCUAAGCUAAUACUGUAAUAUAAGCAUAAAAUAAGCAUAAAAAAACGGAGCACAACAAUAGUGGAAAAAAUAGUCUUUUGAAUUAGAUUGAACUAUUUCAUUGAUACAUUUCAGCCCUUUAUAUUUACAUUUAAUGUGUCUCUGCUUUGUCAUUUUUUGUUUAUUUUUUUUACCACUGAGCUCAUCACAGUAUCAUAAAGGAUAUAUGUAGUUUUGAUACUAGGAUGCUUCGAUGAAGAUGGAUCAGCCUUCAUGCCGGGAGUGGGUCUAUGAUGCCUAAUAACGCAGGUGACUAGAUUUUGGAACAGAAGACUGAGCAUCAUGCAGUGUUCACUGGUUUAAUAUGCGGUCUGAUCAGAUACGAGGUGUCCUGGUUGUGCCCUGGCGAUGAUGAAGAUGGUGAAAUUGGAGGUGUAGUUUUCUCCAGUACUUCCUCUUUGUGCUAAUAUAUUUUUUUAAGUCAACCUUCCAAUGGAGAAGCACCAUCUACAAGAGACUGACUGAAGGACUGAACACAUGCCUUUUUUAGCAGAUGCUGACUGCAACCGUUUGUUUGGAUUUUAUUAUCUCUGUUUUUGCCAACACACACUUCUAAGUGUGUAAAAACUCCUGCAAGAGCAUCAGGAAGAUCUCCAGUAUCCUGCCAUAUUCAUUCUGUGACUGUAUGUUUAUCUAAUGCACUGUGAAAUACAACUGCUCCAUUUGCUCGGGUCCUCUUUAACAGUCAGUAUAGCUGUUACUGGACUUGUUCGCACUUUUUGAAUAUUAGAGAUGGACACACACACACAAACAAUACAAAGGAAUAAUGUAUUUUUAGAUACUGUAUCAGCCGUCUUGAUUUGGUGAUAUGGGACGGUACUUUAAAGGCAGCUUUCUGUAGAAUGCCACGUUUAAACGAGUAUCCUGUGUUCGUUACAGCACUAUCAGUUUUUAUCUUGGUUAUGUUUACAUAAUGGAGACCAGCAAGAAUACUGAAUCCUCGCUUGGGUUCACUUUUAUUCAGCUUGGUGCACUAUUUCAGACGUUUGCUUUAUACCUCUCUGGUUUAGAAGAAACAGUCAGCUAAUAUUCUUCCUCUAAUUAAUACAAAUAUGUUUUUCUUAUGUCAUUACUGAAAUGCAUCCGAAUGGUUUGGUUUGACUUUUUUGUCACAUUGCAGUCAGUAAGGAGAACUAGGAAAUGUUCUAAGAAGUAUUAUUAUUAUUUUUUUUGUGACAUGACUGAACGUGUUCCAGACAAGCUUGAGAGUGAGAUUCACCCAAAGUAACAGCUGAUCACUUUUUAUUAUUUAUUUAUUUUAUAUAUAAAUAAGGUGUAUGAAUACAAUCCUGUUCCAUCAUAGGCAGCCAGGUUUAAACUGGUGCCUCUUCAGUAAUUCCCAGUGCAGGUAAUUAUUUAUAUAUCAUGUAUCAUACAUCUUUAGCACACUAUGAUCUCUUAGGAGAAAUCAAAAUGAUAUUCAUUCAUUGUCCUCAACUAAAGGCCUCCUUGCUCUUACUGGUCUCCUCUGAAUGGGAACCCAUGAUUUUUCAUUAGUUUCUUGAUUGAUUAGUUCUAUUGAUUUAUUGACACCUGCUGAACAGUAUUAUUCAUUUCCCUCCACUUUUGAUUCAUGCGUUUUGAUGCUCUUACAAAAUAAAUUUGACACUUAACAGUA